UCUCUGCAGGUCAGCUUCUUCCACCUGCGAAGCAAGAAUUUUGGCGAAGUUUGAACUUUGAAGAAGACAAUCGGAGUCGGAUUAGGGUUUUGGGUGGGCAAGAUCCUGCGUCGCGUCAAUCGCCAUGCGUCGGCCUUGAAAAAGAAUGGCACAAGUAACGUUCUUGGUGAAGUUGAUUAUGAGGGUUGUUCUCGUUUUCUUCCUUCCAAUUCUGCUUCCCUAAUCUUUUUGCCCCCGAUCUCGAUGCUCUCCCAUGGCGAAAGGGUCGUCGAAGAAGGUGAUUACUAAGGAGGAUUGGGAGAAGAAGCUCAACGAUGUCAAGAUCAGGAAGGAAGACAUGAACAAGUUGGUGAUGAACUUUCUCGUCACCGAGGGUUAUGUGGACGCCGCCGAGAAGUUCAGGAUGGAGUCAGGGACUGAACCAGAUAUAGAUCUUGCAACGAUCACCGACCGCAUGGCUGUUAAGAAAGCAGUGCAGUGUGGGAAUGUUGAGGAUGCGAUUGAGAAAGUCAACGACUUGAAUCCCGAAAUACUGGAUACAAAUCCGCAACUCUUUUUCCACCUUCAACAGCAGAGAUUGAUAGAACUUAUUCGAAAUGGAAAAGUAGAAGAGGCUCUUGAGUUUGCUCAGGAGGAGCUUGCACCCAGAGGGGAAGAAAAUCAAAGCUUCUUAGAGGAGCUGGAGAGAACUGUAGCACUGCUGGCUUUUGAAGAUGUCUCCAAUUGUCCUGUGGGUGAGCUUCUAGAUAUGUCACAGCGCCUAAAGACCGCUAGUGAAGUUAACGCAGCUAUACUUACUAGCCAGAGUCAUGAGAAAGAUCCAAAACUUCCAAGCUUAUUGAAGAUGUUGGUAUGGGCCCAGAACCAACUUGACGAGAAAGCUGUUUACCCCAGGAUAAAUGAUCUGUCCACGGCAAAGCUUGAAGAUCCCAGCAUAUCGUGAAAAAUAUCCUUGUGUGCAGGAAUCAGGGCUGUGUAAAGUGAAUAGGUGGAGCCACAAGGAUAGGAGGAAUUCUCAUCAUCUGUACUCCCAUUAAAAGUAGGAUUUGUUGUUUCUUGGAUUGUACAUUAUAUCCAUGUCCCCCAUGUUCUGGAAGGAUGCUCAUUGAUCUUGAUCUUGAACAGUUGUAGAGAUGAUGAA